GGUCAAGCCGGUUGUUUAAUUCUGAAGAUUCUAUCUACGCGACCUUGGAGUCUGAAUUACAUUGCGCUCGUGAUGAGAACCGUCGUCUAGUAGAAUUAAGUAAUGUUCUUGGUGACAUGAGCAAAACUAUCGAAAACAAAAGUAAUAAAUUGUAUUCAGAUAGCAAUUUACCUCUUUUACAAAAAAUUGAGGAAACACAAGCAAAAUUUAACGCACAUUUGGAAAAAUGUGAAAUCGAAAAAAAAGAAAAAAUUUUGGACGACAAUUUAAAGGAAACGCAAUCAAAGAAUUUCCAAGAAUCUUCUGACACGGAAUAUCAGAUUAGAGAAUUAUCAAGCCAAUUAGCUUGUACAAGAGAACAACUGACCGAAGAGCAAGCGAUUCAUUCUGAUCAGGUGGAAAAAAUGCGUCUUCAGAUAACAGAAGUGGUUUCACAACUAGAAAUGACACGUAGUGAGUUGGAAAAUAUAAAGCUUCGGCACGAGUCGAAAAUUGAAGUAUUAAAUCAACAAAUUUCUGAUGUGGUCAAUCAAUUGAAUCAUGCCCAUGAAGAACUUGAAAGAAUUCAUUCUCUACAUGAAACCGAUGCCGAGGAUUUUAAGCAAUUGAAAAUGAAAACACCUCAAGGAAACUUGGAUGGACUACAAUCCCUUCCAGUGAAUCCAUUAAAUUCAAGUCAUAUUAACUUGGAUAAUCCGAGAGAAGUUCACCAAACAAAUGUUUUUGUCGAACUCUUUGAUUUAAAGACAAAAUAUGAAAAGAUGGCCACUGAUCAUGAGUCUUUGGUUAGCAGGCUCAACGCGGAGCAUGCAUCACUGGUUGCGAAUAAAGAAAAUCAGAUUACUAUCCUUCGAGAAGAGAAAUUGGACUUUUUAAAUCAGUUUUCGCAAUUCAGAAAGGAAACUCUAAGUGCGUUGGACACAGUAAAAAAACAAUUAAGUGCGGCACAGGAAACAAUAUCUUCAAUAGCAAAUGAGAACGAGAGUCUUAAUUGUAGACUAGAAAAGGCUUUGAUUGAAAACGAGGGAUUAAAAAAGGAGAAUGCUGAGAUUAAAACGGAAUUCGAAUUGUGGAGGAAAGAGAAACAAUCAGGACCGCUUAAUCAGCACAAGAAACAAGAGUCAACCGUCAAAGAUUCGGAAUGGACUGAUAAUGAGUGGGACGUUGGAGAUGUUUUAAACGGUGUUACCAUUGAUUCAAUUGAGAAAUCGAAUAAGAAAGAAUAUAAAAAAAUUCUUGUCAAGUCUCAUUAA